GUCUGUUAUGAGUGGUUGGUCCCAGUACAGCUUCACCUCCUCAUUCUCCAGGAUCUCUUUUGGUGAGUAUUUAUGGAUUGGUUGGGUCGUUCCGAGUAGUCCAUAUUUUUUGGCGAUGGCUUGAUGGUAUGCCUUUGCCAUGGAAUUGUGGCGGUCCGUGUAUUCUCUUGGUGCUAGAAUUGGACAGGACGACGUGACAUGUUGUAUUGUCUCGAGUGAUUGUGAGCAUUUGCGGCAUCUGUCGGUGGUUAAAUUUUUCCCUAUUAUAUUUUUCAGGUAUGCUCUGGUGGGUAUGACCUGAUCCUGUAUGGCCGUUAGUCUGCCUUCUGUUUCCGGGAACAGGGCUGUUGGGUACCUUCCAUGGAGUGCUCGGCCAUGCCAUAUCUCUGAUAGCUCUUGGAUGUUGGGGGGCGCAAUUGGAUCAUUGCUAGAUGACAAGUUUAGUGCUGUUACAUUGUCAUCUUCUUCAGAUAGCGCUUUGAAGAAAGAGUAUCGCAUAGAAUUAUAAGUUGCUGCCGAAGUUGUUCGUCGCGGGCCUUGAUAUGAUGUUGUGAUGUUAUGCGUGUCACUCGUUUGACAAUUUUCCUGGUCGGCGUGUUUUCCAUGGUGGCAUUUUCUCUUCUCUAGGUUUGGUUUCUCUACUAUACAGACGAAUUCCAUUCUCCUCACAUACUGUGAUCGCUCCCGCGUACACAGAGUCGAUAAGAUCUGUAAUGGUGGAAUCACUUCGUAUGCUGGAUUUUAUUACCGUGUUGGCUCUUUCAACGCUUUCUAGGAUUUUCCGUGAGCCUUUGAGUCUUGGUAUUUUCGGUCUAUCCUGCGUAGAUACUUUGGCAUACAUCUUCAUGUUUUUCUGGAAGAUUUUGUUGGUUUGGCUCCAUUGAGGGGUUAGUUCCAUUGGAUGUUCUGCAUAGGCUUCCUCAUUGUGGACA